AUGAACAACCCUUCAAAAAAGUUGCCUAAUUUUGGAAAAUCCAAAAAUAUGUUUACACCAAAUUUAAGAUAUAAAAGGUUAACAGCUUAAUAUAAUAUUUAUGUUAUGAACAUUUAAAUAUAAUUAUUUAUUAUUAUUUUUACAGAAAUGUAGCUAUAGUUUCGGACCAAUUAGCUAAUGUAAAUGUUAAAGUUGAAUCCGAUACAAGUACGCCUAGUUCCAGUGCUCAAUCAUCAACACAAAAAUCAAAAAAAAUUAAAGAAAGAUCAACAACACAGGUAUAUUAUCCUUCUUUUUGGUUUUCAAUACCUAAAUUUUGUUUUCUACCUAAAAUUAUUUAUGGUUAAAGUAAAAAAUAAUAAGUAUUUACAAUAUAAAAUUUGUUACUUAUUUCAGAUACAAAGCGUUUUUUCUAGUUUGAGUUCUUCUAACCAAGGAUCUGGUACAUCUCACAUGGGACUAUCAUCAGGUUUUCGAUCUUAUUCAAAUCAGGGUAGUUUCAAUAGUGCUGGUACAUUUGUGAGUCAUGCACCAUUCAUAAGUCAUUUUGUGUUAAAAUUUUAAUAUUCAAUUAUGAAUUUGAUCAGAUAAAAACUGAAGCUUGUCAGAGUAUACGUCAAAUGCAAAUGCUUGAAAACAAUCAACUUGAUGUAGAUGAUUCAAUAGACAGCUUUCAUGGUCCAGUUCGAUUACCUUUCUCAAAAAAAGGUACCUAAUUUAUUUAUAUUAUUUAUUUUCCUAUUAUUUAAAUUUUAUUAUUUUAAUAAUCAGAUAGGACAACACAAAUGAAGUCUGAAAAUAGUUUAGACUAUCCGUUCCAAAAGAACAUUUAUCCUUCAUUAACUGAAUUAAUUACUCCUGAAUCAUUAAUGGUUUUACAGGUAUUGUGAAGUAUGUUAAAUAACAUUUUUUUACUUUUAUAAUAUUAUAAAUAGUUUGAUAAAAUUUUGGUUUGACUUUUAGUUUUAUGAUUCUUCAUUUAGUUCUGAACCAAAAAUUACCGAUAUUGAUCUAACUGAAAACGGGAAUGGUGAUACAACAAUGCUUAUGCCAAAAACUGAAGUACCUAUUAAAAUAGAAUAUAAUGAACACAAUAUUAAAGUUGAAGUAAUAUUACAAUAAUAAUAAAUCAAUUAAAAUGUUUAAUAUUAAAUGCAUAUUUUUAUUACCAGAACGACCUAGAAGCCAAUAAUCCUGGGAAACCAAUUGGUAAAGUACAAUAUUAUAGAUCUGGCCGUGUUGUUUUAAUUUUUAAUGGAAAAGAAUAUGAAUUAUUAAAAGCUAAUGAAGAUAAACAUCAUAAGGUAACUUGAUUUAUUUAUAUAAGUAUUUACAUAUUUAAAUGAAUAAAUAGAAUUGAUUUUAACUCGUCAUGCAAUUAUAUUUUGUUUAGGAAUUAUUUAGCCUUACAAAAGUUGAAGCUGAAAAACCUGACAAGCUAGUGAGCUUAGGGACUAUACCAUUACGAUUAAAAGCUCUUAUGGAUAUUGACACAAUUAUUAAAAAUUUUUAA